CCAGAGAAGAGGACCACGUGUUUUCCGACCAUAGAUGUGUGCUUUUGAACAAAUGUUAAAAACCGAGUUUCUGGAUUUUCAGUCGGAAUACAAACAGGUAAAAUGCCGAAGGUUAAAGCGGAGAAGAAAAGCAGGCAGCACCAAGAAGUCAAGAACCAGGGGAUCAUGUUCAACACUGGCAUCGGCCAGCACAUCCUAAAGAAUCCUUUGGUUGUCAAUAGUAUCAUUGAAAAGGCUGCUCUGAGGCCGACGGAUGUGGUUCUGGAGGUGGGACCUGGUACUGGUAACAUGACAGUGAAGCUGCUGGAAAAAGCCAAGAAGGUGGUGGCCUGUGAGUUGGACUGCAGAUUGGUGGCUGAACUUCAGAAAAGAGUACAGUGCACACCCAUGCAGACCAAACUUCAAAUAUUAGUUGGAGAUGUAUUAAAAACUGAUUUGCCCUUCUUUGACGUCUGUGUGGCUAAUUUACCUUACCAGAUUUCAUCUCCGUUUGUCUUCAAGCUCCUGUUGCAUCGACCUUUCUUCAGGUGUGCCGUGUUGAUGUUCCAGAGAGAGUUUGCCAUGCGACUGGUUGCCAAACCUGGUGACAAGCUGUACUGCAGACUGUCCAUUAAUACUCAGCUAUUGGCUCGUGUAGAUCACCUCAUGAAGGUGGGGAAGAAUAAUUUCCGUCCUCCUCCAAAAGUGGAGUCAAGUGUUGUCAGGAUAGAACCAAAAAAUCCUCCACCUCCAGUUAACUUCCAGGAGUGGGAUGGCCUGGUCAGAAUAGCCUUCGUAAGGAAAAACAAAACCCUGAAUGCAGCUUUCAAAUCUGCCGCAGUGGAACAGCUGCUGGAAAAGAACUACAAAAUUCACUGCUCUGUACACAAUGUGGAGGUCCCAGCAGACUUCAGCAUCAGCAAGAAGAUUGAGAGUGUUUUGCAGGAGGCUGAUUUCAGUGAGAAGAGAGCCAGGUCCAUGGACAUUGAUGACUUCAUGGUGCUGCUUCAUGCAUUCAACUCUGCAGGGAUCCACUUCUCUUAAAUCAUCAUGCAGAGGGGACUGAAGAGAACAGCUUUAUGAUGAGAGGGGAGAGGGUAUUGGUCAGAUGAGUGGAAAUAAAUUCUGUUUCUUCUUGCGGAAGUUUGGUUGAAGGAACUGAAUUUCAAAUGCUGAAGUGCUUGAAUGAACUGGGCCAAGAACAUUGGAGGAUGGAUAUGAAGAGCUCAUAUUGAGUUUGCUAUUUUACUGUUAUGAUUACAGAUUGUCACUGGGCACAUGGAUAGUUAUUGGCAGAUGGAAGCUGUCUUUGUUGUUCAAGGGACUGUCAGUGUGUCCAAGAAUUUAUCAUUAGUUGAAAAUAUGGAAUGGGUGAUUAAAAAUUCUCAUGGAAAAGAUCAACAUUAAAAGAGUAUAUACAGGUGUGCAAUAUCUUAAAAUAAAUGUAGGUUCAAGUUUU